UGCCCGGUCAUAUCUGCUUCAAUUAGUUUGGUUUAUACGAUCUGUUUUUUAACGUCGACUCCUGUCGUCAAUAAUCCGCGUUCUAUGGUUCAAUAACUGACGAGUAUUGUAUUAGUGAAUAUUUGGAAUUUCAAUAAAUCUGAAUAUCAGUGUUUAGUUAAAGUUGCGUUUAAGUAUCAUACGUGUUCCGUGUAUAAUGCUGAUCACGAUACGCGUGAUACGUACAGAUAGAUACGUGUAGAUAGAACCGAUCUGUAGAAUGAAUGCUUAAUAAGUUACUUUCCGCGUUGCUUAUAGUUGCUUUUUACGAACACCUUUGCAACGUUGUUUUUCAAUUAUUAUUGAGCUUGGGAAAAUUAUCCAUAAUGGUAUUUAAUUAAAGUCGUGACAAUAGAGUAUUAUAUGGUUCAUAUAACUGUAUUUGUGAUUAUUACAAUUUUGGAAACUUUAUUGAUCUCUUCGGCAAAGGAUAUUAGACAAGAAUAUUCUACAACUAUGGAAUCAUCUGAUAGGAAAAAUGUUUAUCUUACAAAGACUGGUGAUAAUUCUUUGAAUACUGGAAUGCGAGACACAAUGAUUGUUGGUCAAACAAAUAUGACACCAGAAUGUGGUGAACCUGUAAUGAAACCUGGAAAUGUAUCCAGUGUUUCAAACAAUCAAGCAAAAUGGUCAAAUAUGCAAAGUAAAAAUUUUAUUAUUAACGCAGUACCAGUAAAGAAUGAAAUUGUACAUCUUGAAGAUGGAGCACAUUGCAAUAAGAAAAUGCAUUAUUAUGAUAGACAUUAUGUGAGCCAUGACGAGACAGAGAAACCAACACGUAGGGGAACAAAAAGAUACAGAGACAAAGAUGCACCGAAAAGAGCAUUGUCUGCAUUUUUCUAUUUUUGCCAAGAAUUACGCGGAAAAAUGAGAGAACUACAUCCAGAAAUGGGAGUAGGUGAUAUUGCUAAAGAGUUGGGUAAACUAUGGAUGAGUACAGAUCUUCAAACUAAAUCAAAGUAUAUGGCAAUAGCAGAAGAAGAUAGAGCCAGAUAUGAAAGAGAAAUAAUUGCAUAUAAUAAAAGAGUAAAAAAUUAUGAUCCUGAAGAAGUUGGGCCUGUGUAAGUUUUUCAAUACAUUAAGGAAAAAAGGACAGUAUACUUUGUCCUAAGUCAAGCACUCGCCAAUUGAAAAUAUAUAACAAUUUUACUAAUAGUUUAGUAUUGUCGAUCGUUGUAUAUAUUAUGUACACUGAUGGCAUUAAUAUCUGAAGAAAAUUUACACUUGAUAUAAAAUUUAGUUGCAAUCGUGGAAGUAGCAUUUGAAAACAAUUGUCUUUCCAUAUUAAUUUUAUAAUUGGGGAUACUAUUCUUUUUGUGAAUAAGGUGUGCUAAUAUAUUUACAAACGAUACCUAAUACAAGUAAUUAUAUUAAUAUCAAUAGUAAUAACAAUGAGAACUAUGAUGCCGAUGAUAAUAAUAAUAUUAUUAUUAAUGACAAUGAUAAUGAUAAUCUAUAUUGCUAUUAAAUAUGUUAUACAAUUGAAGCACAAUAGCAAGUAAAAGUCAAGCAGAGUGAGCUUUGUACAGUGCACUUGUCUUGUCUAAUAAUGCAUUAUUCAUGUUUAUAACGAGAAAACUAGAUAUCAGGGACUAUUUAUAUCCAAAACCCUGUAUAGUAUACAUAUUCCAUGUAUUUUGUUCUUUUUCCAAUAAAGGUAAAAACAUAU